GGCAUUAGCAAAGCGAAUUCUCAGGGGAUCAUAUGCUGAUGCCGCUGAUGCCAUUCAUUCAUUCAUUCAUUCCCUUUCGAUUCAGUCAUUCAUUUAAUUUCUGGCAGCAAGCGUGAGGUGAUAAACACGUGUGGAUUAUUACUUUCGAUGUCCCUCUGCAAGCUAAUGAUGAGAAGUGUCUUAAAGUCACUGAGGGCUUCAACAUUAUGUCGUUUGGAUCAUACACCCAGCAGAGGUGUGGCUUCUAUAAUUGAUGGCAAGAAAAUUGCAGAAGACAUUAAGAUGGAGAUCAAAGCUGAAAUAGAUCAGCUCACGAGUGGUGGCCAGCGUCAGCCACAUCUCAGCGUGGUUCUGGUCGGUGAUGAUCCCGCCUCGGCUGUCUACGUCAGGAACAAGAUCAACGCCUGUAAACGAGUGGGGAUCAACAGCGAGGCCAUUGUGAAGCCCUCGGCUACGUCUGAGACGGAACUUCUGGAUACGAUCAGCGCACUGAAUGAGAACCCCGGCGUCGACGGGAUUCUCGUACAGCUGCCGGUGCCGGAACACAUGAACGAGCGUGUCAUCUGUAACGCCAUUCAUCCGAGCAAAGACGUGGACGGCUUUCAUGUCGUCAAUGUCGGCAGGUUCGUACAGGACAUGGAUUGCCUGAUGCCCUGUACACCGCUCGGGGUUCAACAGCUCAUCAUCAGAUCAGGAGUUGAGACGUUUGGCAAGAACGCCGUGGUGUGCGGACGGUCCAAGAAUGUCGGGAUGCCAAUCGCCAUGUUGCUACAUGCGGACGGAGAAGGUGAUACGAACGCGUUUGACGCCACGACCACGCUAUGCCACCGAUACACCCCGCCGGAGCAGCUGAGGAGGUUCGUCCAAACGGCAGACAUCGUGGUCACUGCUGCAGGAGUCGUUAACCUGAUCACGGCCGACAUGGUAAAACCCGGCUGCUGCGUUAUCGACGUUGGUAUUAACCGCAUCGUCGGUCCGAACGGCAAGCCCCAGAUCGUCGGAGAUGUGGACUUUGAAGGAGUCCGCCAGGUGGCAGGUCACAUCACACCCGUACCCGGUGGUGUGGGUCCGAUGACUGUAGCCAUGCUCAUGAAGAACACUCUCAGAGCCUACAAGAAGGAAGUCAACGAGUUUUAACAGUAGCGAGUGGGUGUUUAUAGCAACGAAAAGGCUCAACAUUUAGAAACAUUUUUGAAGGAAUUCUUGGGGAGUGGGGAUAUAUCCAAAACGAUGAGGUAAAGUGCCAUUUGGAUGUCAUAGACAUCAACCACAACGCCUCCUCAUGUUGCAAGACACAAGUCAAUAACUCUCAACAACACAUGACUUCCAUUGCAGAUGCAAUAUGACCUCCGCAUUUGGAUAAAUAUUUCAUUAUCAUAUUCUGGUUGAUGCUUUUUGGAUGUGUGCAUCAUUGGACAUUCUUCUUUGGCUGGUCGUCGGCUCGGUGUUAGCAAUCAAUUGAUAGCACUAUGUUUAUUGUUUAUUCGCCGUCAAACCGUCAAGCCAUUUGAUGGUUCUCAAAAUAGCUGGUGAAACUGAACUACUUAAAAUGUCGUACCUACUGCAUGGCUUUGAACUUCAUCAGUUUGCGCCGUUAACGAACGAUACCCGCUGAAUUAUUUUCCAUCCCUUUGCUAAUGAAAUGAUGAAAUGAAAUGAGCUUAAGACAUUGUGCUACAAAUUUGUAUACGCUAUGGAAGUGUGUAUUUAUGUAACUCUUGCCCACACAUGCAGAUAUAGACGUACUUUGCACUCCACUUCUAAAAACCACAGUGUAACCCUCACUAACACAGGUUGUGUCUAUCGGUAUCAACCGUUACCAAAGACUCGAACAUGUUUUGUGUUGUAGGCAAUGGUAUGACUGCCAAUUUUUUUUUUUCGAACAACUUCUGUUUUGUGUCUCAUAACUUUUAAGAUGUGCUUUGCGGUUUGUGUGGCAGCUGUCAUCUCCGAAGGACAUGGUUUGAGGAUGCAGUUUUUUGUGCUCAAUGCUAGAUGUUGAUUGUUUUCCUGUGAUUUUAUUCGAUAAAACGUCUCUUUUUUAACCCACGAGUCACAAUAUGCGAUAUUGUGUGAUAUCAAUUCCUUGAGUUUGGAUGUUUUGAUAUUGUUUUGAGCGAUUCUGGUGCAGAAUCAAAAACCUUCCAUGGCGAGGACCUUACAAUUGAGCUUGUACGAACCCGGGGUUCUUCUCAGGCUGAGAAGCUUGGAGCCUGGGUACACUCCAAGUGGUUAUCUCAUAUUAUCGGUGAAAGAAUCUCCUGAGGUUGGGGUGGGAUAUGGGUCCUGCUGCCUACCGCGCUUGCGCGGGUGGCGUUGGUGUCUGGUAAAGUUUUGUGAUAUAUGUAACCAUUUAACUGGAAGAUGGGGUGACGGUGGACAAACAGGUGUGUUUGGUUGGGUUUGUGGCGGCACUCGAUGUUUGGGAUGUGGUAUUUGUGUUGAUAUGAUUACCAACUGGUAACACAAUGUGACCAAUGCUAACCUAGAGGUGCACCCUUCAUACUGUAUCACGGUAAAUCCCCUCAUUGGGGAUGCCUGUUUGUAUAUGUUCACUUGCUUGUGUAUUCAUCUGAGGGUAACCCAUUUUGCACCUCAAUUUUCCCGUUUGCUGACCAGCAGAAACACAUUGUAAUGCAACGUGUGUGCCCCCUGCCCUGUGUUGUCGAGUUUAAAACACAAAUGUAAUGGAGCAUGGAACACAAUUUUCUAUUGAUGCAUAAACAAAGUGCAGCUAGAAAGUGAGUGACAUGUGAUUAUCUGAAACACCUUUUCAGGCCAUGCUGUAUGUAAUGUUGUGUGUUCUUUUUAGCAGCCUGGUCUUCCAUGCCUACCUAUACGGGUUACCCCAAGUGAUGAUGCGUGGAACCCCCUUGACCAUUGCUGAAAUAUAUGUGGCAAAAUAA